AUGAUGUUAAAAAGAUUUUUAACCAAUAACAAAUAUCUCUUCAAUUAGCAAAUAUACAGAUUUUCUUCAAUUCCUUUUAACUAAAUAUUCACAGAAAAUAACAUUAAAGAUUUUUAAUAAAAUGGUUGUACACUUGUCCAUAAUGUUGUCUCAGAGUAAAUGAUUGACGAGCUCAUCAGCUAAUGCUCUAAGAUUAUGAAAAGUAAUAAUUUUAUGGAGAAUAGAGUUUGCUUUAGCUAAGGCGAAGUAGAAACAGCUAAGAGCUUUAUAGAUUCAGGAGAUUAAAUAGGAUUUUUCUUUGAACCAAAUGUCUUCGAUGAAAAUAACAAGCUCACAGUUCCUGAGGAUUAAGUAUUAAAUAAAAUGGGACAUGCUUUACACGAUCUAGAUCCAGUUUUUGAAAGAUUCACUUAUAGACCACUUUUGUAAUACAUUCUCAAUCAGUUGGGAUACCAAAAACCAUAAUGUAUUUAAAGCAUGUACAUAUUCAAAAACCAAAGAGUUGGUACUCCUGUUCCUCCUCAUACAGAUAAUACUUUCUUAAUAACAGUACCUUAAUCCUCCGCUAUAGGAUUUUGGUUUGCUUUACAUGAUGCUACUAUUGAAAACGGAUGUAUGUGGGGUAUUUAAGGUAGUCAUAAAAAUCCAACUACUCACUUUUGCUAUAGAACAGAAAAAGGCGAUUAAUUUUAUCUAGAAGGCCAAGAAAAAUAGUAUGAUAUUGAAAAAGCAGUUCCUAUCGAAGUAAAAAGGGGAUCCAUGUUUAUUUUCCAUGGAGAUUUUGUUCAUUUUUCAAAACAAAAUGAAUCUUCUAAACCUCGUCAUGCAUAUGCACUUCAUUUUAUAGACUCGUAAGGUUGUAGAUGGCAUGAAAGAAAUUGGUUGUAACGUCGUUCUCAUUUACCUUUCAGAGAUUAUAACUAAAUAGUUUCAAAGCUUUAUUCUAAUUCAACUUAAUAAGCAUGA